AUGGUGAUCUAUGACGCGACUGGUGCCCCCAUUGCCUGCGGCAUCAUCGAGGAGUCUUCGACAACCGUCUUCGAGGACUACCCAGGUUAUUCGGGCGACUUGCCAGACACCUCUGGCGGUGUCAAGGUGGUGUCCGACGAUGGCGAAGGCACCCAGACGCUCAGCUGGAUCUUCACUCAGGGCGUCGACCCGCGGUGCACCUCAGCCGGUCCGGCGGCCAACAGCUGCAGUGUCCAGAUCUUUGAUGGCACGAGCCCCGAUGCACCCGGCAACCCUUACUGGAACCAGGGCGACAUCCCCCAGAACCCUUGGCCGGAGGUGCGCUACGUGAUCCAAGCUUUCCUCCCAACAGUGGUGAAUGACAUCGAGGUGACGACCGGACUUACCUCCGCGGACCUCGAUGGUCGUGUUGUGGUGGUCUACGACUACGACGGCGUCCCCGUCGGCAUCGCCAUCAUCCAGCUGCCAGAGGGCGCCCCUGAGCCGGUGGAGGGUGAUGACCUGUACGUCUUCGACUUCAGCCCGUACCCCGGCUCCUCGUCGCCCUACCAGCCGACCGGGGUGGUGGAAGUGAAGUCAGCAGACAAUGGUGAGACCCUGCUCUCGUGGAGCCUCACCGGCCUUGAUCCCAGCUGCAGCAGCGAUUGUGCCGCGACCAAUUGCUGUGGAGUCACAAUCAAUGAAGGCAUGAGCUGCAGCGACGCCGGAGCAACCUAUUGGGCCGGAGAUGACGGGAAUCCUUGGGGUUCCGUCAAGUACGACUCCAGCACGGACCCGGCGAACGUGCUUUUCCUCAGCGUCGACACUGGCCUCGCACGUGCGGACGUCUUGGGCCGCGCUAUGGUGAUCUAUGACGCGACUGGUGCCCCCAUUGCCUGCGGUAUCAUCGAGGAGUCUACGACAACCGUCUUCGAGGACUACCCAGGUUACUCGGGUGACUUGCCAGACACCUCUGGCGGCGUGAAGGUCGAGUCAGACGAUGAGACGCAGACGCUCAGCUGGCUCUUCACAGAGGGCGUGGAUGUGCGUUAUGUGAUCGAGGGCUCCUUGCCAUCGAAGGUGAACGACCUCAAGGUGACGACCGGGCUCAGCGCAGCGCAGGUCAACGGCCGCACCGUGAUCGUGCACGACUAUGACGGGGUCCGCAUCGGCUGCGCCACCAUCAAAAUUUGCAUCGACACCAAAACUACCGUGAAGGGUGCCAUCGAGAAGUUGGAAGAGGCAGUGGACCAGAUCAAGGAUGCCCUCACCGACCUUGAAGGCGUGGUGGCCGCCAAAUCCUCCAACCACUCCGGCAAGGGCUACUCGCACUCCGGCAGCGGCUACCACUCCUACCACUCCUCCUCUCAUCCUAAAGAGCAACAACCCUACAAGUGCAACAACAUUUGCGGUGACAUUUGCUCUACGCAGCACCCUCAGCCGGCAAGUUGCCAGCAUAUGUGCAAGACAAGGCAAAAUGCCAUCAUCCCCAUCGCUCAAGUCUUCUGCUCCAAGGGACUUUGCCCCUUCAGCCCUAUGCCUAUGCUCACCGAGACCAACGAAGAGGUCGGCCUGUUGCAGAGGAAAAGUCAUCAGGAUUCAGAGGUCGGUGCUUGCCGUCCCGUCUCCAAGUACUGCACGCUCUUCUGCAACCUUGCUGUUGAGAGAUUAUUUUCUGUUGAUGGGGGCAAUGAUGCCAUCUUACAGUGCCAGUCCCAGUGCCAAGCAAACUUCGAGCCCUUCCUAGCCGCGCUGCAGAAGUACGUGGACGGCGGAUGCUGCGAAGCGUGA